AUGUCUUUCCCUCAGCUGGGGUACCCCCAGUUCCUCAGCGCCUCCCAUGAGGUGUACGGGGGCGAGCGGCCGGCCUCUGCCCGGGAAGGAGGCACCGAAGGCGGCUUGAGCUCGUCCGCUACCGCCGCGGCUGUCGGCUCCAUGCUGGGGAUGUACGGGAGCCCGUGGAGCCACAACUACAGUGCCUUUCUGCCGUACAGCGGAGCCGCAGACCUCGCCCUCAUAUCCCAGAUGGGCUCCCAGUAUGAGCUGAAGGACAGCCCGGGGUCCCACCCGGCCUCUCUGCCGGUCCACGCCGCACAAGGCUUCUACCCAUACGGCCAGUACCCGUACGGGGACCCGUCGAGGGCCAAGACGGCCACCCGGGAGACCACCAGCACCCUGAAGGCCUGGCUGCAGGAGCACCAGAAGAACCCCUACCCCACCAAAGGAGAGAAGAUCAUGCUCGCCAUCAUCACCCGGAUGACACUCACACAGGUGUCGACGUGGUUCGCGAACGCACGCAGACGCCUGAAGAAGGAGAACAAGGUCACCUGGGGCCGCAGCGCCGAGGACCGGGACGGCCGCAUCUUCAGCAGCGACAACGAGGACGAGAUCGGCAAGAACGGCAGCGACGACGAGGACGAAGAGGAGGAGAUCGAUUUGGAAACGGUCGACAUCGAGAGGCCCGAGGAGCAAGGAGCCGGGGAGCAGGGCUCCGGGAAGGGAGAGGGAGAGGGAGAGGGAGAGGGGGAGGCAGGCCUGGCCGACCGAGAGCAGGCCUCGGAGCCGAAGAGCUCCGAGAGCAGCAGGACGCUUUCCGUGGAGGGCCUGCGAGGAGUGGAGGCGGCUAUUGCCCUCAACAGAUCGCCGGUUGUCAAACUCGCAGUGGAUCAUUCUCCCAGCAGACAGGAGUGCCAGAGACCACCGCAGAGCAAACCUAAAAUCUGGUCCCUGGCCGAGACCGCCACGGCCCCGACAGCUCCUCACAGACCUUCCGCCGCGGCCCACGCGCACCACCCGGCUUUGGCCUCCGCCGGCCACCGCUUGCUCCCGGGUCACGGGAUUUACACGUGCCAGAUUGGCAAACUGCACAACUGGGCCAACGCGGCUUUUCUGAACGCCAACUCUCUUUUGAACAUGCGGUCGCUCCUCGGAGGGGCGCCGGCCGGACACCUGCCUCUCCACGGCGCGGUGCCGGUUGCGCGUCACGACGCACGGCAGGCGGCGGCGGCGGCGGCGGGGCCCUGAACUUCGGGGACGGAGGAGGACAGCGACGUGGAGUCGUCGGGGAGCUUCAGUCCAAAAAGGAGAGACGAGGAGAGCGACCACAGGCCCGAUUCGGAGUCCCCAUUCCAGCUGAUCACUGACAGACCUCACACGGGGACGGCACCACAGCGAGUCGUGACGACGACGUUAUGA